GAAACAAUCUACGACAGUAGUUCGGAUGAACAUACACAUUCUCAAGCAUUCGGAGUGUCAAGUUUUCACAGAAUAUCGCCAGUUAUUUAAUUGUAACUACAAUAAACGACGAUAAACUAUAAGAAAACGCUUUACCUGCGAAAUGCCGGUGCCCAAUAAAGAAAGCCAAGAGGAUGCUGUGGAUGAGGUUCAACCGGAAGAGUCCAUUCCAUCGGAAUCUGGUGAUUCGAGGCACGGUCACGGUCACGACCUUACCGUUAACGAUAUAAUUGUCGUCGAUCCGGAAACAUUAGAGUUAGACUUAAAUCAUGGCAGAAUUGGUAAAAUUCAAAACCUGGAACCUCUCACCCAAAUUGAAAGGCUCUAUCUUAGAUGGAAUUUGAUCACAAAGAUUGAAAAUUUGAACACGCUGACCACCCUGAAAGAGCUUGAGCUUUACGAUAACCAAAUAACUAAACUUGAAAACCUUAGUGCUUUGGUAAAUUUGGAAAUACUUGACAUGUCAUUCAACCGAAUACGGGAGAUAGAAGGUUUGGACGAUCUUGUUAACCUGAAGAAAUUAUAUCUGUCCUCCAAUAAAAUCAGCAAAAUCCAAAACUUGAAUGAAUUAAAGAACUUGACACUGUUAGAGCUAGGAGACAACAAAAUAAGGGAAAUUGAAAACAUUGAUGGUUUGACGUCUCUCAACUACUUGUACCUGGGAAAGAACAAGAUAACCAAAAUUGAACACCUCGACUCCUUGGUGAACUUAACCUGCCUCAGCUUGCAGAGUAACAGGCUGACCAAAAUUGAAAAUUUGGACAAAUUAACUGAACUGACUGAGCUUUAUCUCUCGGAAAAUGGCAUCACGAAACUGGAGAAUCUCGACUCCAACAAAAAGCUUGAAACCUUAGAUUUGGGUCAAAAUCAGAUAAGCGUGAUUGAGAACAUCGAAGCGUUGGAAAAUUUAGCGGAAUUUUGGAUGAAUGACAAUAAGGUAAACGAUUGGAAUUCCAUCAAUAAUCUGGCGAAUCAUAAAAAUUUGGCGACCGUUUACUUGGAACGCAACCCAGUUGCCGAGGACCCGAUGUACAGGCGAAAGUUAAAAAUGAUUGCCCCUUCUUUAUCCCAAAUCGACGCAACUUUAUGUCGUUAAAUAAAAAUUGGUUAGUUUUAGAUUUAUCCCAUUUAACUUUUUUUUUUUUUCAAAAAUUUGUGAGGUUAAAUAACGCAUUUAUGAUGUCUGUGGAUGUUAGUUUUUUUUUUCUAAUAAAAACGUGUAGCAUUA